AGUGAUUCUUCCAAACGAUGAACAUAUAUUUUGUGAUUAAAAGUUUUUCCUUAGAUUUUCCUUCUUUUCUCAACUAAAAAGUUUUUCUUUGAAAUUUUAUAAAUCUAUUUACACGUAAUAGUUCGAUUGAAUAAUGGUGACAAAAAUAGUUUAGUUUAAUCAAAUCAAAUUGGUGGAAUUGUUUUGUGAACAUAUCUGUUACAGAAAUGGAUUAAAGUGAUGGAAAAAGGAGAACGAUCAAACUCAAAUGAUAAGGAGAAAUGUUCAACGAAUUUGGUAAAGCAUCUGAGCAAAUCAGCUUCCGAGCUGAGUUACGGCGAUUGCAGCUUAGACUCAGCAACCAAUUCACCCAAACGAGCUCGCAGUGCCGUGAAUCCUGCCGUGACCGGUGUGAUACAAAAAACGCAUGGAUUUUUUAGCACCUUGAAACACCGUUUCUCGCGUGGUCGAAGCAAAGAACGAGGUCGACGAUCACCCCACAAUGGCGAAUGUGACUAUGAAAGCGCUGAUUAUGCAGCCGAUAACAGUUCCGAACACAGUAGUUCAGCCACACCACAUACCCAAUCGCCCAGACAUCAUGCGACCACCUUGGAGGGAUCCCCCUUAGCACGUCAAGAUAAUCGAAAGAGAAGUGAUGUAAAUAGCCGUGACGACAUUGAUUAUGAACAUAAUGGUGCACCAUCUGUGGAACAUUUGCAUGCUGAAGAACUUAUGCGACGUAGAGAAGCAAAUUUAAGGCAGCAUGCAUUCUUUCAGCUGAAGAUACACUUAAUUGAAGGACAAAAUUUGGCCGCAAUGGAUAAGAACGGACUGAGCGAUCCUUACGUCAAAUUCAAAAUGGGCGGACGAUUAUUGCAUAAAUCUAAGACGCUACAUCGCGAUCUAAAUCCAGUAUGGGAUGAAAGCUUUAUCGUUCCCAUAGAAGAUCCAUUUCAGCCUAUUAUAAUAAAGGUGUUUGAUUAUGAUUGGGGUCUCCAAGAUGACUUUAUGGGAUCCGCUAAAAUAGACCUACGCACCAUCGAGUUAAAUCGACCUCAAGAACUUGUGAUAAAAUUAGAGGAUCAAUCCAGACCAUUUAGAAGUUUGGGUGAAUUAAAAAUCAACAUUACGUUAUGGCCAAAAACUCAGGAGGAUAAAGAACAGUAUUUCCAACGACAUCCACGUCUAGCAGAUGCAUCCAAGAGAUUAAAAUCACAAAUUUGGAGUUCUGUAGUUACAAUAGUUUUGGUAGAAGCUCGAAACCUUCCAGUAGACAAUGAUAUAAAUGAACAUUACGUAAGAUUUAGGUUAGGCAACGAAAAAUACAAAAGCAAAAACUCCUGGCAAUUUCGAUGGCUCGAACAAUUCGACUUACAUUUAUUCGACGAGGAGCAAAUGCUCGAGGUAUCGAUCUGGAAUCGAAAUACAGCUUAUGGUAAAUGCACAAUCGACUUAAGAAGUCUUCCACGGGAACGAACUGCUCAGCUGUGGCAGCAGUUAGACGAGACGUCCGCCGAAGUUUUUCUAUUGUUAACAAUCAGCGGUACGACCGCAUCUGAAACGAUAACUGAUCUGACAUUGCAUAGAGAUGAUCCCAAAGAACGGUCUAAAAUGGAAUCGAGAUACAGUUGGAGGAAAACAUUUCAAAACUUGAAAGACGUUGGUCAUUUGACCGUCAAAGUUUUUGCUGCAUCUGGUUUGGCCGCCGCCGAUUUAGGCGGUAAAAGUGAUCCGUUUUGUGUGCUGGAAUUGGUUAAUUCGAGACUACAAACACAAACGGAAUAUAAGACCCUCACACCGAAUUGGAAUAAAAUUUUUACUUUUAAUAUUAAAGACAUGACAUCCGCACUUGAAAUUACAGUUUUUGAUGAAGAUCGAGAUCAUAAGGUGGAAUUUCUGGGCAAAGUCGUCAUCCCACUAUUACGAAUACAUAACGGUGAGAAAAGAUGGUAUACGCUAAAGGAUAAGACGAUGAACACUAGGGCUAAAGGAAAUUCUCCUCAGAUUUUGUUGGAAAUGCAUGUAGCAUGGGCACCGGUACGAGCUGCCAUCCGAGCGCUUGAACCGAAAGAGGAGAAAUUAGUCCAACAGGAAGCUAAAUUCAAACGGCAAUUAUUUUUACGUAACGUAACGAGACUGAAAAUUGUAGUAUGUUUGGUGUUGGAUUGGUGUCGGUACAUUCAGAGCUGCUUUGAAUGGGAAUCACCGAUACGAUCGAUAAUAGCAUUCGUAUUGUGGACUUGCGGCUGCAUUUGGUUUGACAUAUCAACCAUUCCAGCAAUAAUGCUUUUGCUGAUAUUGAAAAAUUGGUUUGUACGAUGGAUCACCGGAACUAGUGGACAUCCGUCGGAUCAUGACAUUGAUUUAGGCAGCGAUGACGAGGAUGACGAUGACAAAGACAAAGAAGAAAAGAAAACGAUUAAGGAACGUCUGCAAGCAAUUCAAGAGGUAUCCCAAACUGUACAGAAUAGCAUCGGGUAUCUCGCAUCCUUAGGCGAAAGUGUAAAAAACACAUUUAACUUUUCCGUCCCUGAAUUAAGUUGGCUGGCUGCAUUUUUACUGUUCUUGGUGUGUUUAGUCCUACAUUUUAUUCCAAUGCGAAUCCUACUGCUAUGUUGGGGAAUAAUUAAAUUCUCUCGCCGAUUGAUACGGCCGCAUAGUGUUCCUAACAACGAGGUUCUAGAUCUACUGUCACGAGUUCCUGAUAAUGAGCAAUUGGUAAUGUUCAGGGAACUACCGCUCCACUCGACGCCCGAAAUGACAAGGCGGGACCCCAAAAAGAAAUUCAAAGCUGCAUAGAAAACUCUCCCCCAUAUUAGGUAUUAUAAACGAAUCUUAAAUCAACUAACACCACCUUCUUUUACAUAAUUUUAAAAGUAAAUUUUCAAUGUUGAUCAUAAAAAAAUAUCAUAAAAAUACAUUCCAUUCUACACUACUAACUUAUGACGUACUAUAAAUUAAUUUAAAAGAAGAAAAAACUUUAUCUGCAAAACUUGAAUGUGUAAAAACCAAAUUAAUUAAAUUUAUUGGAAUUUCUUUAUUAAAAAAUUUAUGAAUAUUCUUCAGAGAAUUUAAUCUAAAAAAAAAACAAUUUAUGAAGAGAAACAUUUAAAAUUUUUAAAUUUUUAAAGUGCGAGUUAUCCUUAUUGAAGUGAACAUUUUUAUUGAUUAUGAAUAUUACGAGUUUAAAAUGAUAAACGUGAGAUUAUAAGAAUUUUUUGCUUACCUA